CUGAUGCUAAACUUAUGUCUCCUUCAAACAGACGGACUACAGAAUGAAGAAAUUGACAAAAUGAGUAAAUCUUUUGCGACGUAAUUCCACACAAAUUGACUGAUACAACUUAUAGGUUGUAGAGAUAAAUUAAGUCUUCACAUGCUGAAGUGGAACUGAAUGAAAUAAACAAUGGCCAGUGGGGAAGAGCCAGCAUACCUCACAGUAGGAACCGAUGUUAGUGCAAAGUAUCGAGGUGCUUUCUGUGAAGCUAAAGUGAAAAUUGUGAAGAAGUUUGUUAAAUGCAAGGUGCACUUCAGUGAUGGGACAAAUGGAGUGAUUCCAGAUGAGCUAGUCAAAGGAAACCUGAAAGUUGGACAGCCGGUUGAAGCCAAACAUUUAGAGACAGAGAAUUGGACAAAAGGGACUAUUAUGAAAUUAACUGAUGCCAGUACAUACACUGUUGUUUUUGAUGAUGGAGAUGAAAAAACGUUAAGAAGAACUUCCCUGUGUCUUCAAGGUGAAAGACACUUCAACGAGAGUGAGACCUUGGACCAUUUACCACUGACUGAUCCUGAGAACUUUGGUACUCCGGUCAUGCGUGAGAAUAAGAACAAGAGAAAACGCAGGCUGAGCACACGAUCACGUGGUGAUGGGGAUGAUGAUGAAGAUGAUGAUGAUGAUGAUAGCGAUGAUGACUCGUCAACCGGCAGGAAAUCAAAGAAAGAUGACCGAGAUGAUAGCAUCGGAAAGGUCAUCGUCGUGGAAACCAACGACAAACGCAAGAACCAAUGGUUCCCUGCUUUGGUUGUAGAUCCUACGACAGCUAAAGAUAUUCAGCCCAAGUCCAAGGAUCAUGUUGUGGCGAGGUCAUUUAAGGACAAUCGAUACUAUAGCAUUGACAAGCAGAGUCGUCGAGCGUUUGCAUCUAAAGAUCAUAACUACAAAGGAGAUCUCUCCACCUUAAAAAUAGCGGUUGAAAAAGCUGUUAAUUUUGUUGAGACGGGACAACUCCCUAGCAACUGGGAUCCUGAUAUGCUCAAAAAGAAUCGCGGGAAUAGUGGAAACAAGAAGAAUAAGAAUGAUGCGGAGAAAGCAGACGCUGAAGAAGAGGAAGAAGAAAGUGAAGAUGAUACUGAUGAUGAAUAUGAUGAAGAGAAAGAUGCUUGGCUCGCUUCACUUCAUAAAUUCAUGGAAGAAAGAGGUACUCCAAUCAACAAGCCACCAGUGCUUGGUUUCCGAGACUUGAAUCUCUACAAACUCUACAAGUUGGUUCAAGAUAUUGGAGGAUGUCGUAAAGUAACCGAUAAACAGAAAUGGCGCCACGUCUCCACCAAGAUGGGUAUUCCUUCUGUUACCACAGCGCAGCCUUAUAACAUCAAAGCUGCAUAUAACAAGUAUCUGUAUGCAUUUGAAGAGUAUAAUCGCAAGCUUGGCCCUGGCAUCACACGUUCCUUACCCAGGACACGUCGGAGGUCGUCAUACAGUGAGCGUUGGCCAAUGACCAUUUCCCCUAAAGUAGAGAAGUCUCCAUCUCCCAAGGAGCUUCGUAAGAUGGAAGAGUCUGAAAGUGAGGAAGAAGUCUCGCCACGGAAUAAGAAGAAGGGCAAUAAGAAAACAGAAACCAAAGCUGAGAAGGAAACUCCAGAUAAGAAAGACUCCAAGGCGAAAGAGAAGGAACGAAGAGAAGAAGAGAAGAAACAACGAGAGAAAAGAGAAAAAGAACGCCUAGAGAAAGAGAAAAAGGACAAGGCUGAAGAGGAGAAGAAGGAGAAAGCCAAGCAGGAAAAGGAGCGCUUGGAGAGAGAAAAGAAGGAAAAAGCUGAGAAAGAAAAAGAAGCGUUAAGAGACAAGAAGGAACGGGAGAGGAAAGAGAGAGAAGAAAAGGAAAAGGAGUUGGAAAAUCUGAGACAGAAACGUCAGAAGGAGAAAGAGAAAGAGGCAAGAAGAAGGAGAGAUCCUCGUACCUUGGAAGGUCCUGGGAGUAAAGCUGAUAAAGAAGAAGAAGAAGAUUCAGGAACUGAGCAACCAGAACUUAAACAAGAGCAUGACCCGUCCAUCCAAGCUGACUUUGACAUUGGUGAGAAGAUCAAAGUUCAAUACGGUCGAGGCAGAACACAGAAGAUUUACGAAGCCAAGAUUGUUGAUUAUGAAGUAGAGGAUGGUCAAGUGGUGUAUACCAUUCAUUACAUGGGAUGGAAUGUUCGCUUUGAUGAGGUCAUCACGGCUGACCGCAUCCUGGGAUGGGCCGAGAAGAAACGAGAGAGACAACAGAAAGACCGGGAAAAGGAAAGGAAGGAGAAAGAGAUGGAAGCAGAAAGGGAACGUAAGGAGAAGGAAAAGGAAGAAAAAGAACGGGAGAAGAGAGAAAAAGCUAAACUGGAAUUGGAGAAGGCUAAAGAGAAGGAGCAGAAGGAAAAAGAGAGGAAAGAAAAGGAAAAGAAGGAAAAAGAGAAACGCGACCGAGAGCUCAAGGAGGAAAGAGAAAGGAAAGAGAAAGAAGAGCGGGAGAAGGCUGAACAAGAAUCCAAACGGAAAAAGGCGGAAAAGGAAGCGGAAAAGGAACGGGAGCUGAAGAAACUCGCCGAAGAGAAAUCGGAGAAAGAGAAGACACCUGGGAAGAUCUCAGGAAAGCGAGGACGACCUUCCAUAACUAAGACACCUACACCAUCUCCAGUGGCCGGGGUAUCUACUGUUGGUGUUACUCCAUCUACACCAGGGAGGUCUACGUCUCCACAGGAACAGAGUAGCUCCAGUAAAUCACCGACUCCAAGUCGAUCUUAUGCGACACGUGUCAUGAGAUCGGACAGGAAGAGUUUAUCCGAUUCACCAUUUGCUUCUGGUCUUCCAGCCAAACCAAGACCAAGGAGGAGUUCCGGACACUCUGAGAGUGUUACAAGAGGGUCUGACAGUGAAAGUGAAGAUGUUGAAGACAAUAGUUCCCAAGACAGCAUUUCCAAUCUUCCAGAAACAAAAGACGACAAAGAAAGUCCCGCAGUCGAGGAAAAGACUGUGGAGGACACCAGGAGUGCAGAGGCUCAACCUGAACUCAUCUUAGAGAAGCUGACAGAAGAGAAUCUGGCUUUAAAAGUCGUCAAGGAAGCUGAGGCUGUAAUCGAAAAAGAAGAUGUUGUAGAACCUCCAAAAGAUGUUGAAGAUUUGAAAGAUAUUCCUGCGGAGAAGGAGGAAGAAGUAAAAGAAGAGGAAACCAAAAAGAAAGAUAAGGUCGUGGAGGUGGAGGAAAUCAAGCCACCAUCGGAGAAGAAACAAGAUGGUUUGAUUCCGCAGGAGGAACCGAUAGCACAACCUGUAGAAACCCCAAAGAAGAAGGACAAGAAGGAAAAGAAGAAGGAGACGAAGAGUAAAUCCAAGAAAGAGAGCAAAGCCAAGAAAGAUCAGUCUCGACAGAGCUCUGGAGACGCCAAGAAAGAAACAAAAGGGAAGAAAGAGACUAAUAAGAAGUCAUCACAAGCAAAAGCGGAAGCAGCAAAGGAGAAAGUCAAGGAACAAGAGAAGGAAAAGAAGGAGAAGGAAGUUAAGGAAGAAACGGUGAAUCUGAAACCAGAACCAGAGGAGGACACUAAGAAGAGAAAGGGAAGAAAACGUGCGAGUCGUAAGAGUUUAGACGGCAAGGCAAAGAAUAAAGAAGAGAGUGCUAAGGACGAUACAACCAGUGAACCUGAGGAGAAGAAAAGGAAAGAGGCUGAUCCUAAGCAUGAUAAGAAAGCUGCAAUGGACUCAGAAACUAAACAGGAUAAAAGUGCUAAAGAUGGGAAAAUGGAGACUGAGUCUUUUGAAAGCUCUAGACCAUUACCAGCAGAACCAAGUAGCAGUUCAGUUCUUGGGAAACCAUUUGCCUUUAACAAGAACCGACCAUUGUUAUCAACCCCACCAACAUCACCAGAGAACUCUCCAGCGCAGCCUUCCUCUCCAGCGAGUAACGACGCAGCCAAAGGCUCCCACCAUGAAGCCGAUGAUGAACAUGUCAGUGGGAAAUCAGACAGCGAUGCUAUGAUUGAGGUAGCAAGUAUCGGUGAAUCAAGUCACGCUCAGAGGCGGCAAUCACCUCAUCACGAUACAAGCUCCUCAAACAGCAGUGCAGAUAUUCACAUGCCCACCCCAACCACAAGCACUGAUAUCAGAACUGUUAAACAUGAUGUCGCUGCUGAAACCCCAUCUCCAAAGAAACGGAGGAGAAACACAUCUGAGUCUGAAUCAUCUCACAAACGAUCUCGUAAGAGAAACCGACGUCAGACGUCGGUUGCGUCGGCCGUAGCUGAGAGGAGGCGGUCAGCAGCGAGGGAAGCACCCCGUCAUAGUAGCAGCGAUACCGAUGAAACUCAGUCUGAUCUUAAACACCAUCAUUCUAGCCAUAAAUCAGAGAAACGAGAAAGUGAAAAGAAGACGUCAGAAGUCAGUCAUAGUAGCCAUCACAGGGUAGAAGGACCUCCAAUCCCACGCAAGUGGAACUUCCUAAUAGAUGUAAGUCACAUCACUGAUCCUGAAGAGAGAAUAUCUCUAAUCCAGAGGCAGUUGAAUGACCUUCGUAAGAUCUACAUGCAACUCAAGACGGAAGUAGCAACCAUCGAUAGACGACGAAAAAAGUUCCGCAGGAAAGAACGAGAAGCUGCACAAGCCUUAGCCAGUCAAAAACAACCUGAAAAGAAGUCGGUUGAUAGCACCUAGAUGGAGACGUCUGUAUUUGAAUAAAUGCUAGAGAUGUGCAACUAAUGAACUCCAGUGCUCAACAAACCACUUAAGAUUAUUUCCUUGUCAUUGCAAAGACAACGUUUUAACCACUUUAGGGUCAGUAUUCUGAAAUUAUUUAAAAGUUUUUUGGAGCUUCUUGAGUAAUCGUUUUCCUUUGAAAAUAUCGUUGCCACAAUGAAUUCCUGUUGUAAUAAACCGUCCGCUCUAAGCCAGUCUAGAUGAAUUUGGCGGAUAUGCACAUCAUCUGACGUUUAGUGAUUCAUAUUCCAUUAUACAUGUAUUUAUUGAUCCACUAUAAAGAUGGAAUAGGAUAUCUUUGGAUUCACUUUUCAUAGGAGUGAGAUGGAGCACUGUGUACACAGUGCUUAGCACACAUCGAUGUUGUGUAAACAAAUAACAAUAUUGUCUACCAAAUGGUGUCUCACACAUUUGAGUAACAGCAUCUUUAUUUUUGACCAUCGAUUUUGAAACAUUGUGGCAGAAUGGGUUGAGCGAAACUGCAAUAAUUAGUUUGUAACAAUGGAAUCUUAGGAGUGCUAUUUGUACAUAAAUGUCAGAUGAUCAGAAUUACUGUUGGUCCGAUGAACUUGGGAAAGGGCUAGAGUAGUUACACUUUGCUCACUCAUAACUCCACGUAUUGAUUAAGAAUUUAUAUAGGCUAAUAUUAUAUGGCACAUUAUAAUUGGGCCUACUCCUCACACGCCCCAAGUAUGACAGCCCGCAAAAGAGGAUGCAAGGCAAAGAGCAACUGGUCCCCUCUCAUUCUUUGAUCUUUGACAUGUUUAACUGUAUGCAGUUUCUGGUAACCAUGUAAUAACAAUUAAUUUGAAUGGCCUAAAAAGCACCUUGCUCAACAGUUUUUAAAAAGUGUGUGCUUAGAUUGGUGGUUUUUUGGAACCAGUCAGCGUUUUCUUUUUUAAAGCAAAUCCCCAUGGUUAUUGAUAAGAGGUAUCGAUACGGCGCGCUGCCCAUUAUAGCAAGGCUUAUUAUUCAGUCGUGACACCCCUCAAGAAUGACCUGAGCUCACACAAACAUGGCCAACUACUUGGUUAAUGUCACCAGCAGCUUUAUAUUUUAUGGAAAUUUUAUUGUAAUUUACAAAAGCAGUUCCACUUUACUGGGCAUUUUUCCAUAUUUUGUUUUGCAUGAUGGUAAAGUCACAUCAACAAACCCAAUGUGACUUUGAAAGUACAUGUAGUCUGUCCACCUCUCAACCCUCAUUUUGCUGCAUUUUAAUACAGUAGCUCAUGUCUUAUUCCCAGACUUCCAUUAAUCUAGCACCAUAUCAGUAGUAAACAGUGUUGUGUUGUGUUUACACUGAUUUAGUAUAAUAUUUAGUCCAGUUUAAUGUUUAGUUCUAUGUAUAGUUAGUGAAUGAAUUGUGGCAAACGGACGUGAUUUGGAAGCUUUUGGUCAGAGUCGUUUAGAUAAAGUCAAUGUUUUCUGAUAGAUAACUUAGCAAUAACUUUUAUUGAUGCUUUGUUUUUUAGAGAUUGAAUUGUGCACGUUUGGUGCAUUAAUUGUUGUUAUUUAAAGUCAUUCCAGUGUCCGAGACAAUUCUCCCGUUUCUUCUACUCUACAAAUCGUAUGAUUUCCUGAAAUCUUGUCUUUUUUUUUUUUAAGAAACUUUUUUCGGCAAAACCAGGUCGAAGUAAAAACUUAAAGUCUGAAGAAGAGAUAGUGCAGAGUUUUUAUCAAAGUAUUUACAGGUAGUAAAAAUAAACAUAUGAAAUACUUCACCAAAUUGUACAUAUCAUUUUUAUUUAAGAAUAUGACAAGGUAGUUUGACGGGAAUUAUUACAUGCAUUAUUACCGUUGAUACAUGUACAAAGAUUUUAAACAACUGCCAAAUAAAUUCUGGUUGUUUUAUUUGAACAGAUCUGCAUGUAAUGUAGUGUAGUUGACGUGAAGUAAUGGUUGCAGCUCUUAUAGCAUAUAGUCAAACAUUUUUAAUAAGUUUUGUUUGAUAUGACAACAUGUUUAAGGGCUCCGUAAAGAAAUGAGUUUAAAGAGAAGACAUAUUUAUACCAAAAAUGAUGAAUUUAUCGUUUGAAUAUUCAGCUCGUGUGCAUUUUUAUUCAGCUGUGAUGUACAAUGUGACUUGCUUGUAUUUGCUGGACUGUAAAUAAUAUAAGUGAAGCUUAAAUAAUAGUUGGCUUUUAUUUUAAAAUGGUCCUACAAAGAUUUACUGAAAAAAAUAUGUCCUUCCAUUGUUACCAUUUUCCAGUGAUUUGACCGACCAUUUGCUAUCAUUCAACUGCAUGUGGUGUAUAUGGUGGCACAACAUUCAGUUUAUGUCAUUCAAACCAAAGUGGAUGAUAUUGAAUGGUCACAUAGUAGGAGGGUUGACUGUGUAUCAUGUACAUGUAGAUACAUUCACCACUUGAUAACAUACAUUGCAGACUUACAUAGUUUAUCAUUCAAAACCAGAGUGAAUGAUACUGAAUGGUCACAUAGUAGGAGGGUUGACUGUGUACUGUGUAGAUAGUCUCCACAUGAUAUGAUAUUGCAGGCCGGCAUGCUCAAAAAUCAUAGUGGUUGAUAUUGAAUGGUCACACAGUAGGAGGGAUAAAUAUUAAAAUAACUGACCAUUAUCAAUCCAUUCACAAAGGAAGUGUUAUAAGAAAGUUGUUAAGAGCUUGGUGCACUAUUUUGUACCAAAGGUUUAGCAAAUAUUCUAGGAAUUUGGUCAUAAAAAUGCCAUGGAACAAAUUUCAAAAAAGGAAUAAUUGUAUCAUUGUUUCUCAAUUAAAUUUGCUUCAAAUAAUUGAUUUUUUUUUUACAAAUGGAUUAACCAAUUUGGAUAUAUAUAUUUGUGGGAACGAUUUGAAACCUGUGAAAAAAGUAGAAAUAGUUUUUUAGAAAUUAGUAAUGAUUACAAUUUCAGAGAUACAAAUGAAAUCCAAACUGUGUGCAUUUUAAUUUAGCUUAAUUAAUAAGAAUAAGAGAUUUGUGUAAUUGUUUUGACUCGCUGAUAAGGAGCUGUACAGACACGAGGUACAGGGUGUUUAUUAUUCAGGAUCAAGUAUUUGUUAUACAUGUACACUUUGUCUGCGAAUAAACCAUCUUGCCUUGACUCAGGAAA